AUGGAUUACGGCCGGGACCAUGGCCUUGAUGCGGCUCAUAGUAGCGGAACAGGAGGCAUGGAAAAUAAUGUCACUACUUCUGGAAAUACAGUUUCUGAUCAAUCAGACAAGCCACCGUUUAGCUUACUCUACGAUUCAGCAGCUCCCAUCUCGCCAAAGGAGAAUUCGUACGGUCUGCAAGCCAAUCAAUCCAGGAUGCACAGGCCUGACCUUGGGAUGGAGAACCAGAAUAUGGAUCGGGGCACCCACCCCUCUACUCGUUCUUCCAGCCGCGCAGGGCGACGUUUAAGUGGAAGCACAGCCACGAGCUCUGUCAGCGAAGCAGAGUACACAUUUCCGAGUAUUGGAAAAAUUGGUGUCUGUGCCCUGGAUGUAAAAGCCCGCAGCAAACCAAGUCAAAAUAUUCUGACCCGCCUUCAGUCUAAAGGUGGAUUCGAGGUGAUAGUGUUUGGUGACAAGGUGAUUCUCGACGAGGCUGUAGAGAAUUGGCCUGUAUGCGACUUUCUUAUUGCGUUCUUCUCUGACGGAUUUCCCUUGGAUAAGGCUAUUGCCUACGCUAGGCUUCGGAAACCGUUUUGUGUUAAUGACUUGCCUAUGCAGAAGGUUCUAUGGGAUAGGCGUCUUUGUUUGAGGAUAUUAGACCAUAUGAAUGUCCCCACUCCGAAAAGGUUGGAAGUUAAUAGAGAUGGCGGGCCGACUUUAGAGUCCCCAGAGCUUGCCCAGCACGUAUAUAGGUUAACGGGAGUUAAGCUUGAAGGCUCUGCAGAUGGAACUGGGGGUGGUGCUUCCAAGACGAAGAGUGUUGUAUUAUCAGAGGACGGAGAUUCUCUUAUUGUCGACGGCAAGCUUUUCAGGAAACCGUUUGUUGAAAAGCCUGUUAACGGGGAGGAUCAUAAUAUUCAUAUAUAUUUUCCUAACGACCAACAGUAUGGUGGUGGUGGUAGGAGGCUUUUCCGAAAAAUCGGGAAUAAAAGCUCCGAAUACGAUCCCGAGCUAGUCGUUCCCAGAUCGGUGACUGACAAUGGUACAAGCUACAUAUAUGAACAGUUCCUGCGGGUGGACAAUUCAGAAGAUGUCAAGGCGUACACUGUUGGGCCUGACUUUUGCCAUGCCGAAACACGGAAGUCACCAGUGGUUGAUGGACUUGUUCGACGGAAUACGCAUGGCAAGGAGCUAAGAUACAUAACAAAACUGAGCAAAGAAGAAGCAGCAAUUGCCUCGAAAAUAUCAAAUGGAUUUGGCCAGAGAAUCUGCGGUUUUGAUAUGCUUCGUGUUGGAGAGAGAAGCUAUGUGAUUGAUGUUAACGGCUGGAGCUUUGUCAAGGAUAAUAAUGACUACUACGACCGAUGUGCCAGUAUACUGAGAGACACCUUUCUAAAUGAGAGACGCAGAUGUCAAGGAAGCUCAGAACCACAUGAUGUCUUUCCCUCAGACCCUGCGCAUCCCUGGAGGUAUUCUGUAUCUCACAGGCACGCGCUGAAGUCUUUGCUUAAGUCUCCAAGCGUGCCAAAAUUACAUGAAAACAUGCCUGCCAACCAAAUUUCUGAGACGUCAGACUCAUCGGGCUUGCCAGUGCCAACUUAUACUGUUGAGAACAAAGAUAAUGGACAUGGCUGUAAUCUCUCAUCUACGCAUGAGAAGUUCGCAUCUUCCAGUACCUACAUGUCUCAGAAUACAGAGUCACCUGCCAUGUCAAUCAACCCGAAUGAAGGAGGUCCAGCGCCUCCUCCGGCCUCCAAACACUCUUGGAAACUAAAGGGCAUGGUCGCAGUCAUUAGACAUGCAGAUCGCACUCCAAAGCAAAAAUUUAAGUUCACAUUUCACAGCCAACCUUUCAUUGACCUAUUAAAGGGGCAUCAAGAAGAAGUAGUCAUCAAGGGAGAGGCCGCAUUGGCUAGUGUCUCUGAUGCUGUCAAAGUUGCAAUGGAGAACGGGCUUGAGGAUAUGGAUAAACUGAGAUUACUUCGUACGUCGCUUGAAAAGAAAGGAAGCUGGCCAGGAACAAAAGUUCAGAUUAAGCCAAUGUUUCGCAAAAGGGAGCCAGAACAGCCAUGCAGCCAGGAACCGCUAGCAAACCCGAUGGUUUCUACAGAGAUUAUUCAGGAUACACUGGUAUCCCUUGAUCCUACGGAAACAUCUCCAGAAAAUGAGAGUCUGGGUAGACCUCAAACGCGAAGUGAUUCGAUAUCCGGUGCAACAUUUUCACGAUUCUCCGCUGCCGAGAACCAUCUUGUUUUAGACAAACUUCAACUUGUAAUCAAAUGGGGAGGAGAGCCUACACAUGCAGCACGAUACCAAGCACAGGACUUGGGGCUUAAUAUGCGCGAUGACUUAAAAUUAAUGAACAAAGAGGCGCUAAAUAAUGUUCGUAUAUUUACUAGCUCAGAGAGAAGAGUUAGCACUAGUGCCCAAAUCUGGGCUUGCUCAUUUCUUGACCAAAAGGAACUUCCUGAAAAUUUCAUACAAGUACGGAAAGAUCUUUUGGACGACUCUAACGCAGCAAAGGACCUCAUGGAUAAGGUAAAGAAGAAAUUAAAACUGCUUUUACGUGAGAGCUCGGCACCAUCACAGUUUACCUGGCCCAAAGAUAAUAUCCCCGAGCCGUCAGUUGUCUUGGCUACCGUUGUUGAACUUAUGAAGUUCCAUCGUGAUGUUAUGAGACACAAUUUUCAGCGACUUGAAUCAUCCCCAGAUCGUCUAAUGGACAUGGGUGAUAUCGAGAGCUUGACUACCUCGUGUACAUCUAACCCCCUGUAUGAGAUUCCUACCUUAUCUUCGAUUCAAGGGAGAUGGUGUACUGGUGAAGAUCCGACAUUGUUCAAGGAAAGAUGGGAGAAGCUCUUCGCCGAGUUUUGUGACACGGAGAAAGUGGAUCCUAGUAAACUAUCUGAACUUUAUGAUAGCAUGAAAUUUGAUGCUCUUCAUAACCGACAGUUUUUGGAAUGGGUAUUCAUGCCACCAGAUAGUGAUGAAAGUGAUGCUACUGAGGAUAAUAAGUCAAGCAGCGAAGGGGCAAGUCAUGAGAGAAAUGAAGAACAUUCCGAACACGGACCUUUUGCUCGUCGGUUUGGACUGAGAAAGCGGAUGCAUGCAUUUGAAUCAAUGCCGCAUUUUAGGGCACUUGAUGACUCUUACGACCACUAUUUCAAGCUAUACUCAGGCUCCAGUUCAACGAAGGCGAAAUUGGAUGGGAGGCUCUCAAAGCUCAGGGAGUUAUACAAGCUAGCAAAAGUUCUCUUUGACUAUAUAACCCCCCAGGAGUAUGGGAUUACAGACACCGAAAAAUUAGAAAUCGGCUUACUAACAUCUCUACCCCUUCUCCAAGAAGUUGUUAGAGACUUAGAGGAAGUCCAGGCCUCCCAGGAUGCAAAGUCCUUUUUUUACUUUACGAAGGAGUCACAUAUUUACACACUUUUAAAUUGCAUUUUAGAGGGCGGAAUACAAACCAAGAUAGCAAGGACGGCCAUUCCUGAGUUGGAUUACUUGUCUCAGAUUUGUUUUGAGCUCUAUGAGGCUAAGGACUGUGAAUCAUCGACAAAUUCUUACUCCAUCCGCAUUUCAAUCAGCCCAGGUUGUCAUGCUUUUGACCCUCUCGAUGUUCAGCUCGAUUCCAGACAUGCAAUUGGCUGUGCGCCGAGGAGGAGUUUAACUGCCCAUCAGGAUUGGAAGGAAGUUAUUGAGACUCUCAAGGCAAAAUUUGAUACGUGA